CUUUAUAGUGUCGUGAGGCUUCCCGCCCCUUCAUCAUCGUUCUGCUUUCUCUGCCUACAAGUCUAAAGCAGCAUACCGACAUCACCGGAAAAGAGAAGAUCCUCAAGUAUGGAUCGCUUCCAGACUGGCUCGGCCACGGCCACACUCGCGGAACGGACGUCAGGCUCAUCCGACCACGACGAGAUCGAACCAGUUCCUCCCGCAAGGAAUCCCUUUAGCACGCCUGUCGGCUACAACUCACCUUAUGGCUUUGGCUCGGCAAGGGGCUCCAGCACUGGUUUCCAACAAGCACAACCGCCCACAUACUUCCAUUCGAGACGGAUAAAGAAGGGUGAACUCGAGCGGCCGUGGCUGGGCAAGAAAGAUCCUAAAGAGAAGUGGGUGACCAUCAUCCCAUUGAUCGGAAUCUUUGUGGGCUUAGCGCUCUCUGGUUUCCUCAUCUAUGAAGGUCUGCAAGGCGUAACAAACCAUGUGUACUGCCCCGUGCUGGACGAGGACUUUUCGGGCGCCGACCUAAACUCCAAGGUCUGGACGAGGGAAGUAGAAGUCGGUGGCUAUGGCAACGGUCAGUUCGAGGAGACGACCAACACCAACGAGAACUCCUACGUCAAGGAUGGCAUGCUAUACAUCAAGCCCACCUUGCAAGACGAGUCACUUAUUAACAACAACAACGUCCUGAACCUGCUCCAGGAUGGUUCCUGCACGGCCACGGAUUGGUACGCUUGUGUGGCUGUUACGAAUACCACAAACGGCACUAUCAUCAACCCUGUUAAGUCCGCCCGCCUCAACACGAAGGUUGGUGCUUCCAUCAAAUACGGCCGUGUCGAAGUCGUCGCGCAGCUACCCGCUGGUGAUUGGAUGUGGCCAGCGAUUUGGAUGUUGCCCGUAAACAACACCUACGGUGACUGGCCUGCGAGCGGUGAGAUUGACAUCAUGGAAGCUCGCGGCAACAACUACACCUAUCCCCAGGGUGGCAACAACAUCGUCUCCUCUACACUCCAUUGGGGACCUGAUGCCGACAACGAUGCUUGGUGGCAGAACAACGUAAAGCGCGAGGCGUUGCACACGACCUAUUCCUCGGGUUUCCACACAUUCGGUCUGGAGUGGAGCGAGAAGUACAUCUUUUCGUACAUCGACACUCGUCUCCUGCAGGUACUGUACACCAACUUCAACAAGCCAUUCUGGCAAAAGGGCAAAUUCCCCGUCUCUGACACGAACGGCACCCGGCUUGUCGACCCCUGGAGCCAGACCGGCCAUGACAGCACACCCUUUGAUCAGGACUUUUAUUUGAUCCUCAACGUCGCAGUGGGUAGCACCAACGGCUGGUUCGAUGACGGAGUCGCAAGCAAGCCGUGGGUUGAUGCCUCCCCAUCCGCCAAGCAUGACUUCUGGAAUGCGAGGAACCAGUGGUACCCAACGUGGCAGAAGAGCGGUGAGAUGAUCAUCAAGAGCGUGAAGAUGUGGCAGCAAAAGGGGUAUAACGGUUGCACCGGUUAGCGUUUCCCGUUUGAUCUACGCUUGGCGCAUAGGGAGUUCAGAUAGAUGCUCAUACGUAUGUACGGUACGAAGGGAGCGGGUUUUAGAAUUCAUGUAAUGUUCAUAGACAUACGUCGCCCAGCGCG